CAGUGGCGCCAGUGUUCGAGUUUAUCAAUUUUGAAAGGCCUCACGGCUCAGUAGACGUCGCGAGUUGAGGACAAGGCUGGUGUAUGAAAUAAAUCCGCUCGCUCGUAAAGUUUCUAGUGGAUUGACAAACAGACACCAACAUGUUUAUUCUUAUUUGUUUGAGUGGGCUGUUAGCACUUGACACAAUCAAUGGAGAUUCACAGUUAAGAGUUGAGACCUCGGCGUCAGGGGCGUUUGAUUCAAUGGGACUCCGUGAAUUCAGGUCCAAGCGCCAGUUCCACGCCAACCACCAUCACUCGUUUGACUGUUGGGAUGGAAGCAACUCUGGCGACCCAAAAUGCAACACCACCACCGUCGGAACCGUCGCGACAGAGACAACAACGACGUUCAGAGUUACACCAGACCACUUCAGUGCAUAUGGACUCACUCAGAGCCAACUAGAUACACUGGCUGAAACCCUUAAGAUAGAAGUCAAAGUCAUUGACAACCUUAUAAUGGACAAAACGAGUCACGUUGUCAAGACCACUCUUAGAAAUGACGGCAAUGUGCCGAUACCCGCAUCCGGAUGGAGGCUUUAUUUUUACAGCAUGCUCCGCGUGUACCCGGAUGUAUUUCCCGCAAAUAUGACAAAGGAGCUUGAAUUUGAACACAUUCGUGUGGGCAUGGUGCAAGGCGACCUAUACUACAUUGAGCCCAUGAGUGGGUUCAAGCCUUUGCCCGCAGGGUUCGCCAGGGAUUACAAUAUCAUCGUCUAUCUUUGGUCCGUGCAGCGGACGGAUUUUAUGCCUCUUUGGUAUGUCACUUCGGAUGACGCAAGCGUUCAGCCACGUGUGGUGCAAUCAACGUUGUCAUUAAACCUUGAUUAUGUCUCGGAUUUCGAUGAUGUCAGACAGUGGAAGCGCUGGCGAGAUGAUCGCUACAAUCCUUUCACCCCACAGGAGCGGGCAGAACGACUGGCGUACGACUACACCAAUGUUGAAGCAAAGUUCAUAAUUCCAACACCGAAGUCACUCCAAAUGGACCGCCAAAAGUCAAUGACGUCAUUCAAUUCCAGCUGGAAGGUGUUUGCAGAAGACAGCAUCUUCAAUGACACAGCUAUGUACAUAAAAGAGAAGCUGCAAAUUCAGCACUCCAUCUCAAAACCGAAUGCUUACGUCAUAAUAAUGAGUUAUAAAACCAACAUGGAACCUGAAGGGUAUAUAUUAAACGUCGAUGCAAACGUCAUACGUUUAGAAGCGAGUGAUACGGCGGGCAUGUUCUACGCCGCACAGUCUCUCCGAAGCGUCAUUGACGGAGCGCGCGGUGCAGGUAUCCCAGCCAUGACGGUGCACGACGCGCCGCGGUACGGCUGGAGAGGCAUGCUUCUCGACGUCGCUCGGAAUUUCCAUUCGCUCGAUGACGUCAAGCGUCUCAUGGACGUCAUGGCUUUGUACAAGAUGAACGUGCUGCACCUUCACCUCUCGGACGACGAGGGGUGGAGACUUGAGAUCGAAGGACUGCCGGAACUCACCGAAGUUGGCGGCAAAAGAUGUCAUGACCUGCUGGAAAAUAACUGUAUUAUUCCGCAAUUCGGAUCCGGUCCAUUCGCCAACUCUUCAGGAAGUGGGUUUUUUACCAAAUCGCAAUAUAUUGAAAUACUUUCCUACGCGAAGAAAAAUCACAUAAAAGUAGUUCCAGAGUUUGACAUGCCAGGUCACUGUCACGCCGCGGUCGCGUCGAUGGAACGUCGGUUCAGAAAAACGAAUUCCUCCGCGUAUCGCCUCGUUGAUCCAGAUGACAAAUCUACGUACAUGUCCGCUCAAAAUUGGAAGGACAAUGCCAUUAAUCCGUGUAUCAAUUCGACCUACGCCUUCAUAGGCAAGGUUAUGGACGCAGUCAAAGCCCUUCACGCGGGCAUUCGGCCACUGGAGAUCUACCAUUUUGGUGGGGACGAGGUAGCCAUUGGGGCGUGGGAGAAGUCGCCCAGAUGCGUGGAGUUCCUGCGGGCCAAUCCGCGUUAUAACAACUAUCAUGGUUUAAACAAUUACUUCGUCGAGCGUGUAGCGAAGCUUGCGGCCGAGCGAGACUUGUCGCUAGGUGGCUGGGAGGACGACUUCUCGGAUGGUUUUACGCCACUUCCGGCCGUAGACCUCUCGAAGACGGACCUUUAUGUCAACCCAUGGAACAACAUUUGGAAGUGGGCUGGCGGCAGAAAUGCAUACAAGUUCGCGAACGCCGGAUAUAAGGUCAUCAUUACCCAGGCGACGAACAUCUAUUUCGACCACUCCCAGGAGCCGGAUGCGGAAGAGCGGGGACUAUACUGGGCCACGCGCUUCACUGACACACGCAAGGUGUUUGACUUCCGGCCAGACGCUCUCUACGACAACAUCAGAGAGGACCGCGAUGGCAACCCACUAAACAAGGACGUCUUUUGCACGCCUUUGCUGUGCACGCCUUUGGAAAAAACGGAAAAUGUUAUCGGUAUGCAGGGCGCAAUGUGGAGCGAGACGAUACGCACGAGCGAAAACUUGGACUAUAUGAUCUUCCCCCGCCUUCUGGCGCUCGCGGAACGCGAGUGGCACAAGGCACCAUUCGAGCAGACGGGCGAAUCGUCGCGUAGUGAUUGGCUUUCUUUCGCAAAAGCGGUUGGAGAAAAGGAGUUUCAGCGACUGGAAGAAAAUAAUGUUCAAUAUCGCAUUCCUCCGCCGGGAGCAAGAGUUGCGUCCUACAAAGUCACGGUGACCACAACAUACCCCGGGCUGGGUGCCUAUUACAGCUCGAAUAACGGAACCACCUGGCAACAUAUCGGCGUUAAUCAAGCAACCGCCGUUACAUGGAACAACGCCGGGUCGAUUUUACUUAGAACGACAAAUGCAGCUGGUACCCGUUUCAGCCGUUCAGUGAAACUAUCACGAGAGAGCUCUGGAACUGAAUUUCUCUCCAUAUUUCAUCCCCACCCAAUUACGCCAACGUGGGACGGAAAGCCGCCAAUAACUGUCACGGUGACGGGGUCAAAUGUUACUCCGUCCCAGAAUUCGUUUGUCAAUUCUACGACAACAUCUUCGACAACUAAUAUUUCCGUAUCUACAACCUCUGAUAAUUCCAAAACGACAUCUUAUGAUACACCAUCAACGACACGUUCGAUUGUGACUACGUCUUCUACUACAUCAUCAACGACAUUUUCAAUGAGGACGGAUUCUUCUACUUCACCAUCAACUGCAUCUUCAAAUGCAACGACAAAUUCUCCAACAUUAUCAACCACAUCCUCUACCGCAACAACCACUACAACUGCAUCGACAUCCACGUUAAGGGUUUCUACCCCGACAAUGACUGCCGGAAGCAAGACAACCAAACCCCACGAUAAUGCAAAUCACACAACACACUCGACGCGUUCAACCACUACGGAAACGACGACCACCACCACAGCAACAACCACCACCACAGCCAAUCCCAUCACCACCACCACCACGCUCAUCGUCACAACGAAUUUCACCAUCAACAAUACCGAAGCACCUUGCGAGGAUUUAAAAGAAUGUGCCCUAUUUGGUCGAGAUAUCUGUUUAGACGAUCCGUCUAACAACACUUAUCUGCCGUUUGCAAAGAAGAACUGCCCCUUGUAUUGUGCCUUCUGUAAACCAACUUCAUUUGUCUGCAAAGAUGUCAACCCCGCAUGUCCAUCGUUUGAUGAUGGAACCCUGUGUACAGAUAAAGCAUAUACACAGUGGGUCUACGAGAACUGCAUGGUGUAUUGUCACGUGUAUCCAUGCAACGGGACCGUGCCUACCACGUCGGUUUUCUAGUGGGAUCGAUGCACACAAUUGUAAUCAGUUUAAUAACGACAAUAAACGAAUUCUUUUGGGCAAAA